AUGGACUUACAAAACCUUACCCAAACGGAGCCACUGGAUCUCUCAACCAAAGCGAUCAAGCCCUUCAGCUUAGAUCUGGCCUUCCUCGCCGGCUUUAACAGUCAGCUGGUUAAACUGUAUGAGAGUCAGUACAAGAACCCCGGUCGGGGUAAGAGCGUGCUGCCGUGCCAUGUCUGUCUGAAGACGUUUGAUAGACCAUCGCUGCUCAAGAGGCAUAUGAGGACGCAUACUGGCGAGAAGCCUCACAUCUGCAACGUGUGCAACAAAGGGUUCAGCACGUCGAGCUCGCUCAACACUCACCGCCGAAUACACACAGGUGAGAAGCCCCACAAGUGUCCGGAGUGCGGGAAGUGCUUCACCGCCAGCUCGAACCUGUACUACCAUCGUAUGACACACACUAAGAACAAGCCCCACAAAUGCCUGUGGUGCCCGCGUUCCUUCCCCACACCGGGCGAGCUGCGCGCGCACACGACGGCGCACGGCGCACACACGCACGCACACACGCGGCUUUAUGGCAGACGGAAUGUUAACAUGUAAUAAAAGAUGUGAAAUGACAGAAAAAACAUGUUCGUUUCCUUUUAAGCUUUACGGUAUGGAGUCGA